AUGGCUUCCGCCGCCCUCACCUUCAUUCUUAUCUUCUCUAUCUUCGCAGCCGCCGCUGCAAUAUGCCACCCAGACGACGAACAAGGCCUACUCUCAUUCAAGUCCGGUAUAACAGCUGACCCGUCCGGCAUUCUCUCCUCCUGGAAACCAGCCACCGAUUGCUGCAACUGGUCCGGUAUCUCAUGUCAAGCUCCCAACAAUCGGGUCAACAGUAUAUCACUUUACGGCCAACGUGAUAAACCCAACUCCUACUUGUCUGGUACCAUAUCAUCUUCCCUCUCCAAGCUUCGUUUCCUCGACGGAAUUUACUUCCAAGAUACCCGGAAUAUAUCGGGUCCUUUACCCGGCGUUCUGUUUAAUCUACCCAAUCUUCAUUUAGAAGGCAAUGGGUUUUCCGGGAGCAUACCGAGUUCGAUCUCCAUGUUGACGGAGUUGUCGCAGCUCAAACUCGGCGGCAACCAGUUCACAGGGACGGUACCUGACGGAAUCCGUCAGCUAAAGAGUUUAUCGCUUCUAGCUCUAGACCGGAACAAACUUACCGGAAGCAUACCGGAUUUUUUUACUUCAUUUUCAAACCUCCGGGUUCUUAGAUUGUCGUAUAACAGGUUUUCCGGUAACAUUCCGGCGAGCAUCUCGUCUCUGGCGCCGGUGCUUGCGUAUCUGGAGUUGGGGCACAAUUCACUAACCGGAAGGAUCCCUGAUUUUCUGGGAAACUUUCGCGCGCUAGAUACGUUGGAUUUGUCUUCGAACGGAUUCUCGGGAACAGUACCAAAAUCAUUUGGGAAUCUCACGAAGAUUUUCAAUCUCGAUCUGUCGCGUAAUAAACUGACAGAUCCAUUCCCUGUUCUGAAUGUAAAAGGUAUUGAAUCGCUGGAUUUGUCGUACAAUGGUUUUCAUCUGAAGCAGAUACCGAAAUGGGUGUCGUCGUCUCCAAUCAUAUACUCUCUGAAGCUUGCAAAAUGCGGGAUCCAGAUGAAAUUAGAUGAUUGGAAUCCAUCGGAAACGUAUUUCUACGACUACAUCGAUCUAUCAGAGAAUAAUAUCACGGGGAGUCCUGUGAAGCUGUUGAAUCGAACUAAUUAUUUGGUGGGUUUUUGGGCUUCAGGGAAUCAAUUGAAGUUCAAUCUGGAAAGUUUGAAGUUUCCGACGACGUUGAAGACGUUGGAUUUGUCGAGGAAUUUGAUGAUCGGAAAGGUUCCUAAGGCGGUUACAGGAUUGCAGUCAUUGAAUGUUAGUCAUAAUGGGCUGUGUGGGAGUCUGCCGCCGACCAAGUUUCCGUCGACCUCAUUUGUCGGCAAUGCUUGUCUUUGUGGUCCUCCAUUAGCAGCAUGUAAGGUUUAA